GAUGCACCUGGGGUCACUCGAACCCCCAGAACUGAGCCUCUACUUUAGUCAAUCCUCUUUGGCCAGGUGUUUGUUAUAUAUUUAUAGUUUGUAGUGGUUCGUUCGAAUAACUAGUUUCUCGACGAGAUUGAUAUUAUUUCCGAUCGAGAUAAACAAUUAACAAAUAAAAUGACCAAUUCAACGAUCACAGAUCAAUCCUUGAUGGAUAAAUCGAUGAGGAGUGUCUUUGUGGGGAAUAUUCCUUACGAAGCCACAGAAGAAAAUCUGAAGGAUAUUUUCAGUGAAGUUGGGCCAGUGCUUUCCUUCAAAUUAGUAUACGAUCGAGAAACAGGGAAACCGAAGGGCUACGGUUUUUGCGAAUAUAAGGACCAGGAGACAGCCCUGAGUGCAAUGAGAAAUCUCAAUGGUUAUGAAAUUGGUGGACGAACCCUGAGAGUCGAUAAUGCAUGUACAGAGAAGAGUCGUAUGGAGAUGCAGAGUCUUCUUCAGGGUCAGAACACAGAGAAUCCUUAUGGAGAGGCUGUGCAAUCUGAUAAAGCACCAGAGGCCAUCUCCAAGGCAGUAGCUUCACUACCACCAGAGCAAAUGUUUGAGCUGAUGAAGCAGAUGAAGCUCUGCGUUCAAAAUAAUCCCAACGAAGCGAGACAGAUGCUCCUGCAGAAUCCACAACUGGCUUAUGCCCUCCUGCAGGCUCAGGUUGUCAUGAGAAUAGUGGAUCCUCACACUGCUGUCAGCAUGCUUCACAAGGCAAAUCCUAUUCCCUCAGCUAUUAAUGCAGUGGAGAAAAUAUCAAUUCACACACUUCCACCGAGAAUAGAAGAGCCCUGGGCUCCUGUCAGGCAGCCACCACCUGCUGUCAAUCCUCCUCCACCUAUAGCUCCUAUUUUCUCGAGCCAGGAUGUCGAUCUGAGGACGAUUGACAGACAGAUUGAUCCUAGAUUGGCAAGAAUGGACCAGGAUCUCAGGACACAAACCCAACCACCACCUAUUCCCAUUGUUCCUCCUGUGAUUCCUCCAGUUGAUAAUCGUGUUCCAGUUUUCAAUCCCCCAGACAAUAGUUUUUGUCGAGAUCCGAGAGCAGAUCGAUUCGGGAGAGAUCCUCGUGAUCCCAGAGAUCCCAGAAUAACAGUCGAUCCUAGAAUGAAUAAAUCUACUCCUCCAGUCCCUGUGGCACCUCCUCCAGUUCCUCGACCAGUCUUGGCACCAGUUGCAGCUCCAACCAAUGUUAACCCAGUGAACACAAUAACCCCGUCAACUGGAAUUUCUGCUUCGAGUUCAGCGGCUUCGAGACUCAUGGCAGGCAUGUCACCUGCCGGAAGUAUUCCCAGUGGAGCGUCUGACCAGGAGAAGGCUGCAUUAAUAAUGCAAGUACUUCAGCUGAAGGACGAGCAGAUCGCCAUGCUGCCACCUGAGCAGCGACAGAGUAUUCUGGUACUGAAAGAACAGAUUGCCAAGAGUACCCAAAGAUGAAUCAAAAUUUCAAAAAUAUCGAUUGAAAAAUUAUUUCAUUCCUUGUGUGUUGGAUUAAUUACUAUAUUAACGAAGUUUCCUUAACUUUUCAGUUGUAACUUCUUAUUUCCAUCAAAAUCAUGACUGCAAUAGUGCUGGAAUUUUUUAUAUCGAAUUUUUAUUAUGAACCUUGAUAAUAGACGUCGCCUGAGUGUGUUUUUAUUAU